AAGAGAAAAAGGGUGUGUAGAUAACAAAUUGUGGCCAUUGAAGAUAAAGAAUCUUGAUCGUCAAAUGGCUGAGGUGAUUGGACCUAGAUUGUACAGUUGCUGCAAUUGUAAGAAUGAAGUUGCACUUCAUGAUGACAUUAUUUCUAAGGCUUUUCAGGGAAGAAAUGGUCGAGCAUUUUUGUUCUCUCACGCAAUGAACAUAGUCGUGGGACCAAAAGAGGAUAGGCAUCUCAUGACUGGUCUCCAUACAGUUGCUGAUGUUCAUUGCUGCGACUGUCGUGAGGUGCUUGGCUGGAAAUAUGAACGAGCAUAUGAAGAGGCACAGAAGUACAAGGAAGGAAAGUUUGUACUUGAGAAGUCAAAGAUCGUCAAGGAAAACUGGUAGUAGUCCACCCUGAAUUCUCAUCAAUUCAAAAUGUCGAUUCAUUGCUCAUUGCUGUAUAAAUUUCUUAUGUUUGUUGUCUGAUUGGAUUGGAUAUGUUGAACAAUCUUGUGAAUAA